AUGGCGGCCACCUCGGAGGAGGCCAUCAAGCAGUUCUCUGCGCUCAUUGAGCAGCUGGAGGAGCCGCUCAAGACUACAUUCCAAAAUGUGCAUCAAGGAAAUCUGAGAGGGACUUUGGUGCGUUUUCUGAAGGCUAGAGAAUGGAGUGCCCCUAAAGCUCAUAAAAUGCUAAUGGAUUGCUUAAACUGGAGAGUACAGAAUGAGAUUGACAGCGUGUUAGCUAAACCCAUUCUGCCAUCUGAUUUAUAUAGAGCCAUUCGAGACACGCUACUUGUUGGAUUGACAGGGUACUCCAAGCAGGGACAACCUGUUUAUGCAUUUGGUGUGGGUCUUAGUACUUUUGACAAGGCCUCGGUGAACUAUUAUGUGCAGUCACACAUACAGAUGAAUGAAUAUCGAGAUCGUGUUGUCCUGCCAGCUGCGUCAAAGAAGUUCAGGAGACAGAUUAAUACCUGCUUGAAGGUUAUGGAUAUGACUGGCCUGAAGCUGUCUGCACUGAGCCAAAUAAAGAUUCUUUAA